UGUGCGCUGUACUACUGAAGGUGGCUGAGAAAGAUGGUGAGAGGGUGAGGAUGCUGCUCGCUCUGCUCGAACCAGAGACUGGUCCAACGGGCAUUCGGUGUGUGGCUUCAAAGCAGCGCAGUAGCGUGUGCACGUCUUGUUGCUGCGGCGCUCGUUACUCCGAGGGACGCACCGCUGUCACCCGAGGAGCACCAUCCUCCGUUCUCCGGAUUACAUCGCCGCCGCUGACGCUGUAGCUGGUGUCACUUGUUGACUGCUCGAUUGGAAGUUAUAACGACUGUGUUGUUGUUGUUGUUGGUGCUAUUGGCUAUUGUCGGUGCGGGAUUUACUACCCACGAGCCUGGAUGUUUUCUUAGCCCUUCGGCUGGCCCACUCGGAUUUUUACUUGCAGCACUCUCGGAUUAAGGAUAACGUGGUGGAUUGCCCCAAGUGCCUGCCCACUGUUGCCAGGUGACGUCAGGAUUGCUCUCAUGGACUAGACGGAGUGCUCGUGCAGGUUGGUUGAACCGUGGGCAUCGAAUCGCGCCAUCGGGCCGACCCUCGUCGAGGCGUGAACGACCAACACAAACUUCCACGAGACCUCGCACACGCGGGCCAUCGUCUGGCCGUGCCGUCGCGUCGAGGCGUCAGAGACUGCGUGAUCAUGAAGCCCUGACGGGCUUUUGCUUACUCCUCGUGACGUCGAGUGCCUUCUGCGCGCAUCGAGACUCUGCUCGUACGCAUCGGUCGACUGUCGGUGUGGUGCCAUGGCGUUCCGGAAGGGCGCCAAGGAGAUGAAGAAGCAGUCGUACUACGUGUGGUUCCUGGGCGCCAAGGAGUCCCGCGGUCUCCGGGGUCUGGAGUACAUCGGACCCGUGCUGCGGUUCCUGUUGGAACGGGAACGGGAAGUCGAGCCGCCCAAGGUCACGCUACAGGUCAGCGGUAAGGGCAUCAAGAUGGUGCAGAACAUCGCCCGCGGUGUUCGGGGCAAGAUGGAGCAGGUGAAGCACCUGAUCCCCCAGCACGCAGUCACCUGCGUGCAUCAGGACGGCGACCUGGUGUGUUGCAUCCUGCUGCUCUACAACCCAGUGACCAGGUGCCCCGUGCACGUGCACGUCUACCGCUGCGACUCUCCCGAGACGGCCACCAUGCUGCGCCAGCAGCUGCAGCAGCUCGUCGAGCGGCCCGACAACCAGACCAAGUUCCGCGAGAUCGAACACCGGCUGGCGGCCAAGGGCUUGCUGCGCGAGCACUCGUUCCACCACCACCACCAUUCGGGUCCUCCGCGGAUGCCUUCCGACGGAAGGACCGAGGACGGCUCUGAGGACCGCAGCGACGUCUCCGAGGAGGAAGAAGAAGAGGGUCUGGCCACGUCACCGCCCCGAAGGCCCGCCGCUGUUCUUCCUCCCGCGGUACACGGCGCGGCAUCGGUCGGGUCGGCCACGUCCAGCGACCGGAUGGCGAGCCUGUACGCGUCCCUGGCCGCCGAACUACGCGAGAAGCUGAGCAACCCCGACCGCGGCCCUCUCCUGCUGCCUCCCAAGGAUUACGGAACCGUGUGCAAAAGGUCUUCUACCAGGCCCGAGGGUGGCUCGAAGUCAAGCAGCGGCAUCGGCUCCGACGAGCUUCUGCCCCGCGAGCUAGAUUCGUCUUCUGACGAUGAGUGGCCCGCCCAACAGCAUCGUCAGCGGGAGCAGCGCAGAAACCGCCGACCGGUCUCCUUCCCGGCAGCCGCUGCCGCUCCAGCGGCGGUCUUUGGCGCACCUCAGCAGAAGCACCGCCAGCCGCAUACGCCGCAUCGCCAGGCUCAGACGCCGCAGCCAUACCGCAAUGGGCAAGUGCCGCAUCAGCAGAGGCCAUUCUCGCAGCAGCAGCAACACCCGCCGAGCCACAGACAGUCGGCGUCGUCUAGGCAGAUGGUUGUACCCGAGUCCAGGACGUACCAGCAGCACCAUCAGCCGCAGCAGCAACAGCCAGAGCCCUUGAGGCAACACAACCAGAAGAGAAGCAGGGACUACAGGCACAGCUUCGUGGAGCCGUCGACGCGUAGGCCCCUGCCUCUGUAACAACGAAGCAAGACGAUGAUUCGCGACCGGCCGUCUGUUCGUAGCGCAGCGCGAACUAAGUCUACAAAGAUGCCAACCGCUCAAGAGACGACGUUUACACGACGAGGACAGCUUGCUGUGACGUCUGCAGUCCUACAUACAACGCCGCUCUCAACUGUACAACUGCACAUUUGUACGAGUCGUGUAGAGCGGCGCGCCUCCGGAACUAUCACUCAGACUAGAACACCCCGUGUGACCUGGCAUGGAGUGACACGCAAUGUCAGGACCUUCAGUUUGCAGAGGUUCACCAGUACAAUGAAAACAGAAGAUGUGAAGUGCUGGCGAUUCUUUAGGAGUUCACGAGUGGGUUCCAGCUCUCAGUCGACACUCUUUGAGUGUCACUGUGGAUUCCAUCUAAGGGCUCCCAAAAUAUUUCAAGUGCUUUCUGAGGAGAUACAGGUGUGGCUUAUACGUAAGGAACUGAGCAUAAAAGGUGAAGCAGCACAGUAUACAGCUGGGAAUUCAUUAAACCUGCCAAGGACUUGCAAGUAGCACCACUUUGCUACGCGGGGAUGUGCGUCGCAGGAGCAGGUUUCUUGUUGAAGGCGAGUACUUCACCGCAGCGCGCGUACGUCUGGCCCUGGUCGCGUCUACGCGACAAGUCAUGCUCAAGAUCUCGCAAGACGGUGUGAGAUGCUCUGGAGACUGCAAAAUUUUGGGGGACGAGGGAUUGUAUCGAAACGAGUGCCACCAGCGGCUGUUGUAUAGGACUCGUGGUUCACUCAGCGAGCCGAACUUUGUACUGUGCGUCAAGUCCAGCAAGGGUCGUGGCUCUUCAAGUACACGCCGCUGAUUAACAGUCCUCCGAUAAGGCGAGCGAAAGAAAAUCGGAUAACACUGGGUGAAUAUGUGAAAACCGGACCUUCCAACGCCGCCACUGCCAGCAGCCUAACAAUCACUGGAAGCAACUACACAAGCUUCUGAACCUUUGUCCUUCGAAGACGAUGUAUUUUUUUUUUGCUUCUAAAUAUUUUAACUAAAAGAAACUGUACUUUGAUGAGGCUGCGCGCUCGUGGACUUCUUUUUCGACUUGUUCAAAUGACGCUAGCAAUAAAAUAAAACUAAGGCGACAGACA